CUUUACUUUUUGUAUAGACAGGAUCUCACUGUGUUGCCCAGGCUGGUCGCAAACUCCUGGGCUCAAGCGAUCCUCCUGUCUUGGCCUCCCAAUGUGCUAGGAUUAUAGACGUGAGCCACCACACUUGGCCCUGACCGAUAGAUGGUUCCUCCCAGGUGAUUGAGGAAAAAACCACAAUGGGUAUUCAGUAAUUGACAGGGAGACUCUUGUGGAAGCAGAGUUAGAAAAAUUGCCUAAUAAUCGAUCUUCUCAAACAUGGGAGCUGUUUGCACUUAGCCAAGCCUUAAAGUACUUACAGAAUCAAAAAAGACUAUCUCAAUCCUGACUCAAAAGGUUACCUACACCCUCUCUGAAACAAAUUUGCAUAAGAACUGUUGUUUAUGGGAAUGAAUCUUGAUGGGGCAGCUGGGUUGUUAUGAAAUACUCAGGAACCCAGCCCAGGUCUAGGACUCACCCCUGAGCACAAAUGCAAUGUUGGGCACACUGGUAAAGGACCACUAGAAUCCAGCAGCCCGGACCCAUUUCUUUGUGGUCAAGAAAAAUGGAAAAAGGGGUGAAGGACUGCUACAUCGGUAAGCGUAACUAAUCUGAUAAGCAGAGGUCCAUGGGUGGUUACACACCCUGGAAAGGAAUAAACAUUAGGACCAUAGAGGAUGCUCUAGGACUAAUGCUCAUCAGAAAAUGACUGGGGGUCCUGGCAUCCCUAUGUUCUUUUUUCAGAUGGGAAACUUUCCCCCUAAGGCAAAAACGCCCGUAAGAUGUAUUCUGGAGAAUUGGGACCAAUUUGACCUGCAGAUGCUAAGAAAGAAACUACUUAUAUUCUUCUGCGGUACUGCCUGGCCACAAUAUCCUCUUCAAGGGGGAGAAACCUGGCUUCCUAAGGGAAGUAUAAAUUAUAACAGCAUCUUACAGCUAGACCUCUUUUGUAGAAAAGAAGGCAAAUGGAGUGAAGUGCCAUAUGUGCAAACUUUCUUUUCAUUAAGAGACAACUCGCAAUUAUGUAAAAAGUGUCAUUUAUGCCCUACAGGAAGCCCUCAGAGUCUACCUCCCUACCCCAGUAUCCCCCUGACUCCUUCCCCAACUAAUAAGGACCCCCCUUCAACCCAAAUGGUCCAAGAGGAGAUAGACAAAGGGGUAAACAAUGAACCAAAGAGUGCCGGUAUUCCCCAAUUAUGCCCCCUCCAAGCAGUAGGAGGAGGAGAAUUUGGCCCAGCCAGAGCGCAUGUACCUUUUUCUCUCUCAGACUUAAAGCAAAUUAAAAUAGACCUAGGUAAAUUCUCAGAUAACCCUGAUGGCUAUAUUGAUGUUUUAGAAGGGUUAGGACAAUCCUUUGAUAUGACAUGGAGAGAUAUAAUGUUACUGCUAAAUCAGACACUAACCCCAAAUGAGAGAAGUGCCGCCAUAACUGCAGCCCGAGAGUUUGGUGAUCUCUGGUAUCUCAGUCAGCUCAGUGAUAGGAUGACAACAGAGGAAAGAGAACGAUUCCUCACAGGCCAGCAGGCAGUUCCCAGUGUAGACCCUCAUUGGGACACAGAAUCAGAACAUGGAGAUUGGUGCCGCAGACAUUUGCUAACUUGCGCGCUAGAAGGACUAAGGAAAACUAGGAAGAAGCCUAUGAAUUAUUCAAUGAUGUCCACUAUAACACAGGGAAAGGAAGAAAAUCCUACUGCCUUUCUGGAGAGACUAAGGGAGGCAUUGAGGAAGCAUACCUCCCUAUCACCUGACUCUAUUGAAGGUCAACUAAUCUUAAAGGAUAAAUUUAUCACUCAGUCAGCUGCAGACAUUAGAAAAAAACUUCAAAAGUCCUCCUUAGGCCUGCAGCAAAACUUAGAAACCCUAUUGAACUUGGCAACCUUGGUUUUUUAUAAUAGAGAUCAGGAGGAGCAGGCGGAACGGGACAAAUGGGAUUAAAAAAAAAAAGGUCACCACUUUAGUCAUGGCCCUCAGGCAAGUGGACUUUGGAGGCUCUGGAAAAGAGAAAAGCUGGGCAAAUCGAAUGCUAAUAGGACUUGCUUCCAGUGAAGUCUACAAGGACACUUUAAAAAAGAUUGUCCAAGUAGAAGUAAGCCACCCCCUCAUCCAUGCCCCUUAUGUCAAGGGAAUCACUGGAAGUCCCACUGCUCCAGGGGACGAAGGUCCUCUGAGUCAGAAGCCACUAACCAGAUGAUCCAGCAGCAGGACUGAGGGUGCCCAGGGCAAGCACUAGCACAUGCCAUCACCCUCACAGAGCCCUGGGUAUGCUUGACCAUUGAGGGCCAGGAGGUUAACUGCCUCCUGGACACUGGCACAGCCUUCUCAGUCUUACUCUCCUGUCCCGGACAACUGUCCUCCAGAUCUGUCACUAUCCGAGGGGUCCUAGGAUAGCCAGUCAAUAGAUACUUCUCUCAGCCACUAAGUUGUGACUGGGGAGCUUUACUGUUUUCACAUGCUUUUCUAAUUAUGCCUGAAAGCCCCACUCCCUUGUUAGGGAGAGACAUUCUAGCAAAACAGGGGCCAUUAUACACCUGAACAUAGGAGAAGGAACACCCGUUUGUUGUCCCCUGCUUGAGGAAGGAAUUAAUCCUGAAGUCUGGGCAACAGAAGGACAAUAUGGACGAGCAAAGAAUGCCCAUCCUGCUCAAGUGAAACUAAAGGAUUCCACCUCCUUUCCCUACCAAAGGCAGUACCCCCUUAGACCCGAGGCCCAACAAGGACUUCAAAGAUUGUUAAAGACCUAAAAGCCCAAGGCCUAGUAAAACCAUGCAAUAGCCCCUGCAAUGCUCCAAUUUUAGGAGUACAGAAACCCAGCGGACAGUGGAGGUUAGUGCAAGAUCUCAGGAUUAUCAAUGAGGCCUUUGUCCCUCUAUACCCAGCUGUACCUGACCCUUAUACUCUGCUUUCCCAAAUGCCAGAGGAAGCAGAGUAGUUUACAGUCCUGGACCUUAAGGAUGCCUUUUGUGCAUCCCUGUACAUCCUGACUCUCAAUUCUUGUUUUCCUUUGAAGAUCCUUCGAACUCAAUGUCUCAACUCACCUGGACUGUUUUACCCCAAGGGUUCAGGGCUAGCCCCCAUCUAUUUGGCCAGGCAUUAGCCCAAGACUUGAGCCAGUUUCCAUACCUGGACACUCUUGUCCUUUGGUAUGUGGUGAUUUAAUUUUAGCCACUCGUUCAGAAACCUUGUGCCAUUAAGCCACCCAAGCACUCUUAAAUUUCCUCGCCACCUGUGGCUACAAGGUUUCCAAACCAAAGGCUCAGCUCUGCUCACAGCAGGUUAAAUACUUAGGGUUAAAAUUAUCCAAAGGCACCAGGGCCCUCAGUGAGAAAUGUAUCCAGACUUUACUGGCUUAUCCUCAUCCCAAAACACUAAAGCAACUAAGAGGAUUCCUUGGCAUAACAGGCUUCUGCCGAAUAUGGUUUCCCACGUACGGCGAAAUAGCCAGGCCUUUAUAUACACCAAUUAAGAAAACUCAGAAAGCCAAUACCCAUGUAGUAAGAUGGACACUUGAAGCAGAAGCAGCCUUCCAGGCCCUAAAGAAGGCCCUAACCCAAGACCCAGUGUUAAGCUUGCCAACAGAGCAAGACUUUUCUUUAUAUGUCACAGAAAAAACAGGAAUAGCUCUAGGAGUCCUUACACAGGUCUGAGGGAUCAGCUCGUAAUCUGUGGUGUACCUGAGUAAGGAAACUGAUGUGGUGGCAAAGGGUUGGCCUCAUUGUUUACUGGUAGUGGCAGCAGUAACAGUCUUAGUAUCUGAAGCAGUUAAAAUGAUACAGGGAAGAGAUCUUACUGUGUGGACAUCUCAUGAUGUGAAUGGCAUACUCACUGCUAAAGGAGACUUGUGGCUGUCAGACAACUGUUUACUUAAAUAUCAGGCUCUAUUACUUGAAGGGCCAGUGCCGCGACUGUGCACUUGUGCAACUCUUAAUCCAGUCACAUUUCUUCCAGACAAUGAAGAAAAAAAUAGAACAUAACUGUCAGCAAGUAAUUGCUCAAACCUGCGCCGCUCGAGGGGACCUUCCAGAGGUUCCCUUGACUGAUCCCCACCUCAACUUGUAUACCAAUGAAAGUUCCUUUGUAGAAAAAGGACUUCGAAAAGUUGGGUAUGCAGUGGUCAGUGAUAAUGGAAUACUUGAAAGUAAUUCCCUCACUCCAGGAACUAGCACUCAGCUGGCAGAACUAAUAGC